UAUGUCCAUUAAUGAUGGACAGUGGCACCACGUGUGUGUCACGUGGACAUCAAGUACCGGACAAUGGCGAGCAUGGAAGGAUGGAACAGCAGAAAGCGAUGAUAACGAAGUUAAGCCUGUUACCAUGGAUGCAGUACCAGGCAAUGGAAUGCUAUUUAUCAGAUUCAAGCAGCAAUGUGAGAACUCUGAAACAUUUGGAAAGAUCAGCACGUUUAAUCUAUGGAGUUAUGUUAUGGAAAGAGAUGCUAUAAUUCACAUGUCUUAUGGAUGUGGAAAGGAUGCUGGUAAUGUGUUAUCCUGGCUGGUGGCGAGAGAGAUACUAAAUGGAACGCUUUACACUCACAGUCCUUCCACAUGUAAUGAGCGCAAUGGUAAGCUGGAAGAAACCGCUUAAAUCUUAAAAAAUAAACCUAGAGUAAAGGCCUAGCUGUGAUAAUCACAAACAAGACGUACUUGAGCUGUUGCCGUCUUUUGAACUAGCAGAGAUUUAUCGUCCACCCGCGUGGUUCAGUUAUGACACAAACCAUAACUCAACAUUCAUUACUGCUACGUUAUUUAAUUUUCCUUGCAGGGUCUAGUCUUGUUAUGGUAGGAAACACGACUGGAAUGAGUACUGCAGUGUACGUGAGUCAAUGGCUCGCCAAGUCAAAAGACUCUUACGGUAAAUGCUUGAAGUUUAAAUACAAAAUUGUGGGGCCUGCGGCGAGGUCACUUACGAUUUACCAAGAAAUGCCUUCCGGUUUUGGAAGGCAGCCAAUCUGGACUGAUGACGUCAGAGGACCAGGGUACAUGUGGCAAUACGGACAAACCUCUAUCAGCACAAUUUCUAGUUUCAGGUUAAGCAUUCUGGGAGAAUUAGAUGGGAGGCCAGGCUACCUUGCCGUCGGAGGCGUUUACAUGUCGCGAGAGUAUUGUUCACCUCGACCAGUUACCGCUCAGAAAGCUUGUAGUCAAAGCCUCAACAACAGCUCCGGAUUUAUUGUGUCGCCCCUCUACCCAGGAUAUUACCCUAACAACGUGUCUUGCACUUGGUACGUGUUCGCUAAAGAAAAUCACGUCAUACGUCUCCAGUUUCAGUCAUUCGCAACUGAGUCUCAUCCUACGUGUUCUAACGAUUACGUUGAAGUGCGUAACGGUGGCAGUCUCCGGUCACGCACCAUAGGAAGGUACUGUGGGCAUACCUUUCCGCCAGUCAUACAGUCAGCAUCAAACGCCUUAACAAUAGUGUUUACUUCAAAUGAAGUUCAGUCGGGAACUGGGUUCAAGGCAUAUUACCAUGUAACAUCAGAGAAAAGAACGUCUUGCAUUGAUGGUUGUCCUCGGGGUUGCACGUGCUCGAGGUUAGCCGGAAGUGACGUCAGGGUGCAAGUUAAAAGCAAGUUACUUUUGUCUAUACCCGGCUAUUUCCCAGAAACCACAGCAGUCAUGUGAGUAAUGAGUUAAGGCUAUUUGUACUAGAUG